UCUCCUUUUAUUCACCGCUCUCUCCCUCUCCCUCUCUCUCUUGCUCCUCUUCCUCUUCUCCGAUCCAAACGCAGGAGGGGAACGCCCCGCCCCCCGCCCCAAUUCGAAACCCUAGGCACGCCGCGUCGAUCCGGAGGGAGUGGUGGGGUUUAGCGUGUGGUGGGUGGUGGGUAGCGCUCCGUCGGGCGGAGGAGGGGACGGCCCCGGCGGAGGAGGAGGGGGUGGUGGUGGCGGCGGCGGCUGCGGCGGCCGGCCAUGUCGACGGAGGACGAGAAGCUCCUCAAGGAGGCGAAGAAGCUGCCGUGGGACGAGCGGCUGCAGCAUAAGAAUUGGAAGGUGCGGAACGACGCCAACAUCGAUCUCGCCGCCCUCUGCGACUCCAUCACCGACCCCAAGGACGCCCGCCUCCGCGAGUUCGGGCCGUUGUUUAAGAAGACUGUGGCGGAUUCGAACGCGCCGGUGCAGGAGAAGGCGUUGGACGCCCUGCUCGCUUUUCAGCGGGCAGCUGAUGCUGAUGCAUCCAGGUACGCGAAGGAGGUCUGUGACGCAAUUGUUGCCAAGUGCCUCACUGGCCGGCCUAAGACUGUUGAGAAGGCUCAAGCUGCAUUCCUCCUCUGGGUGGAGCUGGAGGCAGCAGAAGUUUUCCUUGAAUCAAUGGAAAAGGCUGUAAAGAACAAAGUGGCUAAAGCAGUUGUACCAGCUAUUGAUGUGAUGUUUCAGGCACUAAGUGAAUUUGGAGCCAAGGUAGUACCACCCAAAAAAAUCUUGAAGAUGCUUCCUGAGCUGUUCGAUCAUCCAGAUCAGAAUGUUCGGGCUUCAUCCAAGGGUUUGACACUUGAACUUUGUCGGUGGAUUGGCAAAGAGCCUGUAAAGGCCAUUUUAUUUGAGAAGAUGAGAGAUACAAUGAAAAAAGAAUUGGAAGCAGAGGUAGCAAAUGUCUCAGGAGUUGCUAAGCCAACUCGCAAGAUAAGAUCUGAACAAGAAAAGGAACUUGAGGAGGAAGCUGUGCCAGAGACCACUGGUGCUAACAGUUCUGAAGAGGCAGUGACAGAAGCGCCCAUGGAGAUCGAUGAAUACGAUCUUGUUGAUCCUGUAGAUAUCUUAACGCCACUUGAGAAGUCAGGAUUUUGGGAUGGUGUGAAAGCAACUAAGUGGUCUGAAAGAAGGGAUGCUGUUGCGGAGCUGACCAAACUUGCUUCAACAAAAAAAAUUGCUCCCGGUGAUUUUCAUGAAAUCUGUAGAACACUCAAGAAGCUUGUCACUGAUGUCAAUUUGGCUGUUUCGGUGGAAGCUACCCAAGCAAUAGGAAAUCUGGCAAAAGGUUUAAGAACACAUUUUUCUGGAAAUUCUCGGAUUCUGCUCCCUGUUUUACUUGAGAAGUUAAAAGAGAAAAAACCAACUAUGACGGAAGCUCUUAGUCAAACGCUUCAGGCAAUGCAUAAGUCAGGUUGCGUCACACUUCUUGACGUGAUUGAAGAUGUUCGGGUGGCUGUAAAAAACAAGGUCCCUCUUGUUCGAUCCUUAACGUUAAACUGGGUUACGUUUUGCAUUGAAACAAGCAAUAAAGCAACUGUGCUGAAAUUACACAAGGAUUAUGUUCCUAUUCUCAUGGAGUGCUUGAAUGAUGGCACGCCGGAAGUGCGCGACGCUUCAUUUUCUGCCUUGACUGCUAUAGCUAAGAUGGUUGGCAUGAAACCCUUGGAAAGAUCCUUAGAGAAAUUAGAUGACGUGAGGAAAAAGAAACUGUCAGACAUGAUUGGCUCUGCCAGUGAUACUGCUUUAAAUUCAGGGACAGUGCCAGCCUCAAAUUCUGGAGUUGGCACAUCUGCUCGUGAGGUUGUGGAUAGCUCAUCAAUGAGAAGAUCUGCUGCAAGCAUGCUUAGUGGGAAAAAGCCUGUCCAGGCCGCGGCGGUUACUAAGAAGUCUGGAACAGCAAAACCUGCCACGGCAAAGAAGACAGAUGGUGGUCCACAGUCAAAGGCCUCUGCUGCUCCUGUAGUUGAAGAUGUUGAGCCAGCUGAGAUGAGUUUGGAGGAAAUAGAAGAGAAGUUAAAUUCUAUUGUCAAAUCAGAGACAAUUUCUCAAUUAAAGAGCACUGUCUGGAAGGAACGUCUUGAAGCUAUUACUAUGCUAAAGCAGGAUGUGGAAAGUCUUACAGAACUUGACAAAUCUGCUGAACUCCUGGUUCGUUUAUUAUGUGCUGUGCCUGGAUGGAGUGAAAAGAAUGUGCAGGUCCAACAGCAAGUUAUUGAGGUCAUCACAUAUAUUGCUUCAACUGUAAACAGAUUUCCAAAGCGAUGUGUGGUUCUAUGCCUCCUUGGCAUAAGUGAAAGGGUUGCUGAUAUAAAAACUCGGGGCCAUGCAAUGAAAUGUCUGACUGCCUUUUGUGAGGCUGUAGGUCCGGGUUUUGUGUUUGAUAGGCUGUACAAAAUAAUGAAAGAGCACAAGAAUCCAAAGGUUCUUAGCGAGGGUAUUCUUUGGAUGGUUUCAGCUGUUGAGGACUUUGGAAUCUCCAAUUUAAAGCUAAAGGAUACAAUUGAUUUCUGCAAAGACAUUGGUCUGCAAUCUAGUGCUGCUGCAACAAGAAAUGCAACCAUCAAGCUAAUAGGGAUGCUGCAUAAGUUUGUUGGACCAGAUAUCAAAGGCUUCUUAAGUGAUGUCAAACCGGCACUUCUCAGUGCUCUGGAUGCUGAAUACGAGAAAAAUCCAUUUGAGGGAGCUGCUUCUGCUCCAAAGAGAACAAUAAGAGCUGCAGACGCCGUUUCUUCUGCAUCUUCUGGCACAUCAGAUGGUCUGCCGAGGGAAGACAUAAGUGCUAAGAUAACGCCAACUUUGUUGAAAAAUUUGGGGAGUCCAGACUGGAAGCUACGUCUGGAGUCCAUAGAUGCGGUCAACAAAAUUGUUGAGGAGGCCCAUAAACGCAUUCAGCCAACAGGAACAGUGGACCUGUUCACAGCCCUAAGAGCCCGUCUUUAUGAUAGCAACAAAAAUUUAGUUAUGGCGACCUUAUCGACAAUUGGUGGUCUUGCAUCUGCUAUGGGUCCCGCUGUUGAAAAAUCAAGCAAGGGUAUUUUGGCAGAUGUCCUAAAAUGUCUUGGUGACAAUAAGAAGCACAUGAGGGAAUGCACAUUGACCGCCCUAGAUUCAUGGGUUGCUGCAGCUCAACUUGAUAAGAUGGUUCCAUACAUCACAGUAACUUUGGGUGAUCAGAAAACUGGUUCCGAAGGGCGAAAAGAUCUUUUUGAUUGGUUAUCUAAACAUGUUUCUAAUAUGAGUGAUCCAUCUGAAGCUUUGCCUUUGUUGAAGCCAUCUGCAUCUUCUUUGAUGGACAAAUCUUCUGAAGUUCGUAAAGCUGCCGAAUCCUUUAUGAAUGAAGUUCUCAAGAUUUGUGGCCAAGAUGUGGUUGCAAAAAACUUGAAAGAUUUGCCAUCACCUACUUUGGCCAUUGUAGCAGAGCGGUUGAAACUGUCCAGUGUACAUGAAGGGUUUUCUGAUUCUGUCAAGAUGGUAACAACAAACAUGAGCUUGCCAUCAAAAGCAGGCUCAAAGAACAGCAAACAUGGUCCAAAUGAUCGUGGGCCUAAUGUUAGCAAAGCGGCAUCUCAAAGAGGAAUUCCAGCUAGGUCCUCUGUUACUAUGAUUUCUACUCAGGACUCUAUACAGUCACAGGCGUUGUUUAACAUUAAGGACUCAAAUAAGGAAGAGCGAGAGAGACGUGUUCUAGUAAGGAAGUUCAAGUUUGAAGAGCCACGCCGUGAGCAGAUUGAUGAAUUGAAGAUUGAAUUAUUUAAGCAUUUCCGAGAAGAUGUAAGCUUGCGACUAUGGAACUCAGAUUUUAAGAGGCAGAUAGAUGGUAUUGAGUUGCUACAGAAGGCACUGCCUUCCAGUGUGAAAGAAGUGAUUGAGCUUCUUGAUAUACUAUUAAGGUGGUUUGUCUUGCGAUUUUGUGAGUCUAACACAACGUGUUUGUUGAAGGUGCUCGACUUCCUUCCUGAGCUAUUUGAUGUUUUGAAAGAGCAGUCAUACAUGUUAACGGAAGCUGAAGCUGCAAUUUUCCUUCCAUGUCUUAUGGAGAAGUCUGGCCACAACAUUGAAAAAGUCAGAGAAAAAAUGGGAGAGCUGAUAAAACAAAUGGUCAACAUCUACUCUCUUCCAAAGCUCCUUCCCUACAUUUUGGAGGGACUGCGUUCCAAGAAUAAUCGUACCAGGAUAGAGUGUGUUGAUAUUAUUGGAUAUUUCAUGGACCAUCAUGGGACUGAGGUUAGUGGUUUGUUGAAAAAUUUGCCAUCUGUUGCGGCAUUAACAGCAGAACGGGAUGGUGAAAUCCGGAAAGCUGCUCUUAAUACACUUGCUACAGCCUAUAAGAACCUUGGAGAUGAUGUAUGGAGAUAUGUUGGUAAACUUUCAGAUGCUCAACGAAGUAUGCUUGAUGAUAGAUUUAAAUGGAAGGCUCGAGAAAUGGAUAAGCGAAGAGAAGGAAGGCCAGGUGAUGCUCGAGCAGCUUUGAGGCGUUCAGUAAGAGAAAAUGGGUCUGAUUUAGCAGAGCAAAGUGGGGAAGUGGUUUCCCGUUCAAUGGCAGGGUCAAUAAUGUCAAGGGAAAACUUUGGGUAUUCUGAUGCUCACAUGGUACCCAGACAGAUGGCAACAGCAACACCUGGUCCUGCAGAUUGGCGGGAGGCUCUUGAUAUCGUUGCGCUUGGUUUGCCUGAGCAGUCUGUCGAAGGAAUGAAAGUUAUCUGCCAUGAGCUAACUCAGGCAGUUGAUCCUGAAAGCUCCGUUCUUGAUGAUCUAAUCAAGGAAGCUGACAGAUUAGUUUCAUGUUUGGCCGUAAUGGUUCCAAAAACCUUUAAUUUUAGCCUAUCUGGGGCUUCGUCAAGAUCUUGCAAAUAUGUUUUAAAUACUCUCAUGCAGACUUUCCAGAUCAAACGUCUCGCUCAUGCUGUGAAGGAGGGUACCCUAGAUAACCUUAUCACAGAGCUACUACUUUGGCUCUUAGAUGAAAGAGUUCCUCUUAUGGAUGAUGGAAGCCAGCUACUCAAGGCUCUAAACGUCUUAAUGCUUAAAAUCUUGGAUAAUGCUGAGAGAACAUCCUCAUUUGUUGUGCUUAUUAAUUUGUUGAGGCCUUUAGAACCUUCAAGAUGGCCAUCCCCUACACCAUCAGAGUCCCUUGUUGUAAAAAAUCAGAAGUUUUCAGAUUUAGUUGUUAAAUGUUUAAUUAAGUUGACAAAGGUCUUGCAAAGUACAAUAUAUGAAGUUGACCUUGAUCGCAUUCUUCAAAGCAUUCAUAUAUAUUUGCAAGAACUAGGGAUGGAAGAGAUACGAAGAAGGGCUGGAGCUGAUGACAAGCCACUUAGAAUGGUCAAAACUGUGCUGCAUGAACUUGUAAAACUUCGUGGUACAGCAAUUAAAGGCCACCUUUCAAUGGUUCCUAUAGAUGCUGAACCUCAGCCAAUCAUUUUGGCUUAUAUUGAUCUUAAUCUUCAGACCCUUGCAGCGGCUAGAAUGCUGACACCAUCUGGAACUAUGGGCCAAACUCAUUGGGGUGAUGCAGCGUCCAAUAAUCCAAAUCCAUCAACUCAUUCUGCUGAUGCACAGUUGAAGCAAGAGCUUGCUGCAGUAUUCAAGAAAAUUGGUGACAAACAAACAUGUACAAUUGGUCUUUAUGAACUCUACCGGAUAACCCAACUGUACCCUAAGGUUGAUAUAUUUGCUCAGCUUCAGAAUGCAAGUGAAGCUUUUAGAACCUAUAUCAGAGAUGGGCUAGCUCAGGUGGAGAAAAAUGCUGCAGCUGGACGAACUCCCUCUAGCCUUCCAUUGUCCACACCACCUCCAAUUGCACCAAUACCUUCUCCAAAAUUUGCACCUUCACCAGUUCAUACAAAAUCGAUAAAUAGCAAAACAGAUUCAAAUGAAGAUGAUGCUGGUGGUGACACACACCCUUUCAGAGGUCAAGGAGAGACUGAUAGUAGGUUACAAACUGCUGAUCUACAGACAGACAGAUACCACCAAUCUUCAGCGGGGACGUUGGAUGCCCUUAGGGAACGGAUGAAAAGCAUUCAAGCUGCAGCUGUUGGUGCCAAUUUCGAUGUAGUUCAGACUCGGCCAUUGCCGAGUAUGAAUGGUAACACACUCCAUGGGGGAACACGGUUGGAUGCUGACCCACAAACACAAAAUAUUAUUCCACCCAUGGACGAGAGAGCAUUAUCUGGCCUGCAAGCACGAAUGGAGAGACUAAAGAGUGGAUCGAUGGAACCACUUUAAAUACAGUAAUUGUAUUCUGAAGUAUACCAACCAUUAUAAUUUACUGUAAAUUUGCAGCAUAGUCAUGCUGUUUGUAGAUAGGCAAGUCAGACGUACAACAUGAUGCGGGGCUGACUCUUUGUAAGCCCCGUUUGACAACCCAUUCUUGCAGAGUUUUUCGGUUCAGUUUUAGAUAAGCUAGCCAGAUGCUUUGCCUGUAGUUUGCCGCUUAAGGGCCAGAUUAGCGUUUUGACAAGUUUUCAUUGAGUGUUGAGUUUUCAUGUGUUGUACAGCCAUAGAAGAAUUUUAAACUAACUGAAAUUAUCAUUUGUGGAAUCUUAAUCAUUUAUAUGCGAUUGUGAGUUCAGGGGUGGCCCCGUUUGUGCUC